UCCCUCCCCUCUCCUUGCAGCCGCCAGCCACCCUCUCUCUCUUCUCCAUUCGCUCCGGCGAGAGCAGCCACCAGCAGCUGCCUCCCUCCCGCCGCUUUUUCCUCCUUCAUUUCUCCUCCUCUUCUUCUUUCUCCCUCUCUCCUCCUCUCCCUCUUCUCCUCACCUCUCUCUGCCUCCCUCUUCUCUCUCCCUUUUCUGACAGCCGCCAUCCCCCUCUUCUUCUCCCUCUCCUGUCUUUCCUCCUCCCUCUAUCCGUCUUUAUCCCUUUCCGUUUCCUCCCCUCAUUCGUCCCUCUUCUCCCUUCCCAUCUCUUCUCUUUCCCUUCUUCUUUCCCUUUCUCUUCUAUUUUCUGCAGCUCCAGCGAAACCAGCAGCCUAGCGAGCAGCUGCACGCAACCAGCAGCCACCGGCGACCAGGCAGUGCCGCCUGAACCCCCUCUCCUUCCCGCUCCGAUCUUCUCUCCUUCCUCUUUUCUCUCUUUGCAGGUACAACAACAGUUGCACCGACAAGUUUCAGACGAGCAACCAGCAGCUCAAACCACCAUUUGCAACAACUACAAGGAGUUUAGACAAAUACGAAAAUGCUUUGAUAAGGACAAAUCGGUACAAAUCUGUCCCAGAGUCAUGGCUCACCCUCACUUUCCCAACACGCAAAUGGUGGUCAAAGUUAAUCCCAUUUUGAAGACUUGGUGGAAAGAUAUUCAAAAAAAUCAAGAGUUAGAAGCAAAUGAACUAUUAGGCGGCCUCACUGCUUUGAUCUCCGUAGAGUCAGAUCGUCACUUAAUCAAGACAUUGUUGAAAUUCUGGGACACUGAGAGGUUAGUCUUCAAAUUCAAGGAUUUUGAGCUAACCCCAACAAUCGAAGAAGUUGGAGGAUUCAUGGGUCUCGCAUACAAAGAGCUGGAAAUGAUUGUUCCACACAAGCCAAGUCCAAGAUCUUUUCUGAAGCAAAUGGGUAUGUGCCAUAAUCCAAGUCUACUUUGUCUGAAAGAAGGUUGGAUUUCUUUAGAGUUCUUAUAUUCACGCUUUGGGGAUGAGGAAGGUCAUCAAAACUUUCACAGAGAAUUUGCUUGCUCUUCUGCAAAAUGGGAAAGAUAUCGUCUUAAUGCAUUCGCCGUCGCCCUAUUAGGCUCAUUGGUUUUUCCUAGAGAAAAAGGAAAGAUCCACACCGGCUUGUGUUACGUGGUUCGUAUGUUGGCUCGAGGUGGGAAGACCUUGGUCCCCAUGAUACUUGAAGAAAUUCUAAGAACUUUGACUGCAUGCACCAAAGGCAAAAGAUACUCUGAGGGGUGCAACUUGCUGCUGCAACUUUAGGCCGUCGAACAUUUCUACCAAAGAGCUAAUAAAGUAGACAUUGUUAGAGGAACUAUGGGGAACAAAAUUAUCAACCAUCGCCUAAGGAUGACAUAUUUUAUAUCCCCUGUGGGAAUGGAGGACUGGUUCACAAAGCUAAAGGAGCGCUCAGCCAUUGAAAUCUAAUGGAAGUAUUAUUGGUUGAAGCCAAGACGUGCCAUCAUAAGAGGAAAUGAACUUUACUUCAUUGAGCUUAUUGGUUUGAAUGGUGUGCAACCAUACACACCACUUCGAGUCCUUCGACAAUUUGGACAGAUCGAAUUGAUACCUCUGCCAUCCCACAUGAGCCACUAUGGAUAUGACUUUGGGUCAGAAUUACCGCAAAUGAACACUAUACUGCGAAGAUGGAAGAAUGUGAUAACUAUUGAUGUUCAAGAGCACCGACCCUUCUGCACACCUAAAUAUUACGUAUGGCUUUUAGAAGAUGCAGAGCAUAGAGAUUUGAGCGAAAGAGGUCUUCCUGGUUUUGGCGAUGAAAAAGAGAGAAGAUGGGCUCGCAAUCUCCUCAACACCGAUAAUGACAUUACCCCAUAAAUGAGGAAGCAGAUUGUGUCUAACAUUGGAGAGCAACAUAAUUAAAGUUUUUUUUAUUUAUCUUUAUUCCACAUGUGUUA